UCAUUAUCCUGCAUUGCAGUUCACCUAGCCAUUCGCCACGUAUGGCAUGGCAGUCCGCCGAGCAGGCACGAGACUGCUCACAAACUAUCCUGCGUAUGGCCCACGUAUAGAGUAUCGCAGGACACAUUGCAGGAUUGUAGGAUGGGUUGCACGCUGCGACUACAUUCAUAAUCCUGCUUUAAGCGGCGGACGGCAAGGCGGACUGCAAUGCAGGAUCAUGAAUGCCCCCUUUUAUUAUCAAUGCAAGCCAUCCCGCAAUGCCAAGCAGGGUACCACUGCGUCCUGCGAGACACCAGCAAGCUCCACUCACGCUAACAGUCCGCCGCGCAAGUAGUCCUAAGUAGAUCGACGUCCUGCGUAAUGAACUGCUGUUUUGAACGCAAAGGAGUGAAUGUUGUUGUUGCCAGACGCAAUCAUAGACAAACACCGUACCAGUACCUUGCCGUAAUCGAUGACCUAAUGGAGUUACAGGAUACAACAAGGAAAAUAUUAUUAGUAUUAGAAAGUAUACAAUCAAAAAUAUUUUGCAAAGAAAAUAUUGAAGAUGACUUGCCCAACCUCACAAAUGUGCUCAAUAAACAGAAAUCACAAAUAACUCCUCUCACUUCAAUAACUGAUAUUGUGGAUGCAGUAGCCGUUAAAAAUUUAGAAGAUCAGACAAAACAUUUAGAUGGUAUUUACAUAGAGAGCGAAGACAAUGACUGUUCCGUGUACAAAAGAUUGACGAGAAAAUGCAAUUGCAUGAAUCGACCGGAAUUUAAUGAUUUUACAAUACAUUUUAAUGCAACCGCGAAAUAUAGCACUAACAACCUCGGCGAGAUAAUCAAGAACAUACGCAUUUUGAAAAAGUUUAUUUAUAUAGGCGGAAAGUAUAGUGAAAAUGCAUUUAAAUUUUUGAUUGAAGGCUUUACAAAAUGUGUUUACGCGGAGAAGGCUGACAUUGCCCAAGCUUGUUCCCAUGCGGAUAUCUGCAACAUUUUCGAGAACGAAUCUAUAGUCACGCACUGCUUAAUACUGCCCUUCAAGUACUCAUCUUAUGGAGAUUCUGCAAUUCAGCAAUUGACAUCUAAAUUCAUUCUGAACCUCGUACGAGUUGAGGAAGGAAGACGCUACCUAAAUUUAAAUUCAAAAAUUGCAAACGACAUCAAAUAUACGUUGACGAGGAAAAAGAAACAACUGGACAAUUCAACUGUUAAUUACCUAAACGACAUUUUGAAUCUCCUCAAUCCACGUUUGGAUAGAAACAUAAACGUAACUUACUAUUUCAAAGCAGAAGAAGGCUGUGCAAACAGAGUAAUUAAUGGAUUAGUACAUUUCCGGCGGUAUAUGACAGUACAAGAAAUUUAUGACAAUUUAGACCUAUUAAUUCAAAUAAGCGAAAGCGAUACUGGUAAACGUGAUCUGAGACAAUUUUUACCUAGUCUGUUGAAUAUGUUUAAACACCUGCUUGUAGAAUGUGAUAGUAACCUCAUUAAUACCGCUGUUGUUACUAUUUUGACCAAUGUUACAAAGAAGACACUGGAAUCUGCUACUUCAAAACUUAAUGAGCUCUCCCCACAGACGCCCUUGCUUGUGGCUGAUGUAUGCACUGAGCCUAUACAAAUGAAAUCACAAUGCAACCAGGUGCCAUCACUAAAAGCCAUAAAAAAACCAAAAUCCAAGCAGCGGCGAAGCAGAUUGUAAUGUGGUGCCAUUAAAUCAUCACAAAGGAAAUAAAACAAUUUGUUUAUUAGCAACAAUGCUAUGUAAAUUUAAUAUAAAAAUGUUUAAGAAUAAAUACUAUCUUACAACCACAAAAAGCUAGAAAA